CAUUUGAAUCUUGUCCCCUCAAAUCUCCUGAUAAUUGUGAAGAUCUAAAACCCUAGCCUCCUUCAUUUCGAAGGGUUCGAUUUCGAAAGCCACAUAAUCCCCCAAUUCCUUUCUACUUCUCAUCACCCUUUUUUCGUUUCUGAUCGGUUCUUUGUGACUCUGAUUUCAGAUUCUCUGCGAAUUUUGUGAUUAAUUUGUGAAGAAAUGGCUCGUACCAAACAGACUGCUCGCAAAUCAACCGGUGGUAAGGCUCCGAGGAAACAACUCGCCACCAAGGCUGCUAGGAAAUCAGCACCAACAACAGGUGGAGUCAAGAAGCCUCACCGUUACCGCCCUGGAACCGUUGCUCUUCGUGAAAUUCGCAAGUACCAGAAGAGUACUGAGCUUCUGAUCCGCAAGCUGCCUUUCCAACGCCUGGUUCGUGAAAUCGCUCAAGACUUCAAGACCGACCUCAGGUUCCAGAGUCAUGCUGUGCUUGCGCUUCAGGAAGCUGCAGAGGCCUACUUGGUGGGUCUGUUUGAGGACACCAACCUGUGCGCCAUCCAUGCCAAGAGGGUGACAAUCAUGCCCAAGGACAUUCAGCUUGCUAGGCGCAUCCGUGGCGAACGUGCUUAAAUAUGUUUAGUUUGUUUUCAUAUUAAUUUCUUAGAUAAUUAGGUGUUUUAGAGCAGCAGCCAUUUGAUACUUGUUUCUGUAUAGAAGUAAGCAUUUAUGAGCUUUUGGGCAUAAAUCUUCCCAAAUUGUUGUAUUUGCUUUCGAACUUCAGGUUGUUGAUACAUAUAUGACUUUAUAAUUUUGCCCAUCAAUAUGCUAUUCUGUUUUUCUUCA